UCUAAGUCUCAGGUUUGGGCGCAGCAUUCCGUCGCUAUUACGUUUAGAAUCUUCACAGAAACCCUUUAUAAUCUCCGUAAAUAACCUAAUUUAGCAUGUAAAAAAUCGUGACGAACUUUUCGGACGUACGCACAAUGCUGUCGGCCGAAAUGGUGGUGUAUAGCCGCCACGUUUCUCUGAUAACGGUUUUGUUGUUGCUUCAAGCAGGCGUCCUAUCAGCGCAGACCUUUCCCGUCGAGAAAAUAGCCGUUGGAGCAAUAUUUGACCAGAACACUGAAGAGAUCCAGAAUGUAUUCAAGUACGCGAUGACAAUGCACAACCAAAAUAUAACCGGUCGAAGGUUCGAGCUGCAAGCAUAUGUGGACGUCAUUAACACAGCCGAUGCAUUCAAGCUUUCACGACUCAUAUGCAACCAGUUCGCACGAGGCGUGUUCGCUAUGCUUGGAGCUGUGACACCGGAAUCCUUCGACACGCUGCAUUCUUAUACAAACACAUUCCAAAUGCCUUUCGUGACUCCGUGGUUCCCAGAAAAGGUAAUUCCACCGUCAUCUGGUUUGAUUGAUCACGCAGUGAGCAUGAGACCAGACUAUCACAGGGCUAUUGUGGAUACUAUAAUUUACUACGGAUGGAAAGAUAUCAUCUACAUGUACGACUCGCACGAUGGAUUAUUGAGGCUCCAGCAGCUGUACCAAUCCAUGCAGCCCGGCCGUACCGCGUUCCGAAUCUCCCUUGUGAAGCGAAUUAAUAACGCGUCAGAAGCUUUGGAAUUCCUGUUAACAUUGGAACAACACGAUCGCUGGGGCAACAAGCGCAUUGUGCUUGAUUGCAAUGCGAAAAACGCCAAAAGCAUAUUAGUCGAGCACGUCCGAAAAGUUCAAUUGGGGCGCAGGACAUACCACUACAUGCUCAGUGGACUAGUGAUGGAUGAUCAUUGGGAGAAUGAGGUUACCGAGUACGGAGCAGUCAAUAUUACGGGGUUCCGCAUCGUUGACCACUCUAGGAAGAUUGUUCGCGAUUUCAUGGAAGGUUUGCGAAGAAUGGACCCCCGGUUCAAGGGGACUAUAUCGGCAAAAACAGCGCUUAUGUACGACGGUGUCCAGGUAUUAAUGGAUGCGCUUAGUAGACUCUGGCGGAAGAAACCGGAUGCAUUCAGGAAUGCACUGCGUCGGGCCGCAGCUGGUCAAAUGAACACAACUAAAGUAAUUGACUGUAAUCCUGGGAAAAACUGGGUGGUGCCUUUCGAGCAUGGAGACAAAAUCUCAAGGCUGAUAAAAAAGACGGACAUCGAAGGUCUGACCGGAAAUAUAUCUUUUAAUGAGGAAGGUCAUCGGUACAAUUUCACAUUAAAUGUCGUUGAGAUGACAGUUCAAAGUGCUAUGCUGAAGGUAGCAACGUGGUCGGACGUCCGUGGUUUACAGCUUGUCUCGCAGAAACACGUUCAGUUAAAAUCACCGGCGUCGUAUGACAUAAAUAGAACGUAUAUUGUGACAACGGUGCUACAGGAGCCUUACCUAAUGCCUAAGCCGUUUGAAUUCGGACAGAAAGAGGAACAAUUCCACGGAUUUUGCAAGGACCUUGCCGAUUUAGUGGCGAAAAGACUAGGAAUUAAAUAUGAAUUAAGAAUAACGAAAGACAAUAGAAAAACUGAGGAAUUGUUUUCAGAAGGUUCUUCCAGAUUAGUCGACGAUAUAGUCAGAAAGGAUGCGGAUAUAGCAGUGGCUCCUCUGGCUGUGACCCCUGAAAGGGAGCGAGUCUUGGAUUUCAGCGAGCCGUUUCUCUCUGUCGAUGUCCCGAUAACUCACAAGAAACUGCAAAAGCAACUGAAGGAUACCUUCAGCUUCCUGAAGCCACUCUCAAAGGAGAUAUGGCUAUGUGUUUUAUUUAGUUUUUUUGCUGUGAGCAUCGUUCUUUUCUUGGUCUCAAGAUUCUCUCCGCGUGAAUGGCGAUCGAUUUCCAUAUCCGACACACAUUUGGAUCAUCCGAUAAGCAGCACGAAUGAGAUUAUACUUCAUAAUGAAUUUAGUAUUUGGAAUUCGUUCUGGUUUUCUCUCGGCUCUUUUAUGCAGCAAGGAAGCGACGUUGUUCCCAAGUCGUUAUCUGGAAGAAUAGUAGGCACGGUUUGGUGGUUCUUCGCACUUAUUCUAGUAUGUUCGUACACUGCUAAUCUUGCUGCCUAUCUAAUAGUGGAACGUAUAGCAGCGCCAAUGCAGUCAAUCAGCUAUACAUCGACCCUGCCGAAUAUCGAAAAUACGCAAUUCCCAAGAAUUAGUCUGGUAAAAGAACAAAAUCCUUAUGCUGAAGCUGUCCCUAGCUAUGUCUCUAAUCGUGAAGGUCAAUUCUCCUGCGACACUCCACGCGUCUGCCGAUAUAAGCAUGUAUAUUACAGUAUAGCCACCGCAAAAGGAUCGGCACUCAGGGAAGCCAUAAACAUUGCAAUUGUUAAUCUGAGGAAGGAAGGUCUAUUGACUAAAUUGUGGAAUAAAUGGAUUUCAAAAAUGAAAAAGCCUGACUGUGAUAUUGGCAAUGAUGAGGAAUCGUCAAUAACGGAGAUGACCUUGAGUCAAGUCGCUGGAAUAUUUUACGUGCUUCUUGGCGGAUUGGCUUUGGCUUUAGGUAUUGCAUUACUGGAAUUCUGUCAGCAUGGACGAGCUGAAGCUACCCGCGCCAAUGUGCCGUUAAGGGCUGCUUUACGUGCGAGAGCAAAAUUCGCUUCAUCCACAAGGGAACGUAAGACUCCUCCGCAGCGAACGCCACAACGCGACCGCGACCGUCUUGGUUGGAACGGGGCAGCCUUCGCAGGGGUCAGUAAGUAUUUCGCCGCUGGGAAUCAGAUCGCCCAAGAUGAUGCCGUGCAUGCAAGCUUCACGCACGUCUGAUCCUCGGAGAAGGCCGGCGUCACUAUCCGUCGGUCUUCUAUUACAAAAACUCCAAACGAUGUGGACCUCUAUCAACUUUGAAAUUGUUUACUUUACGAGGUCCUUCGAAUUUGGAUCUGCAUCACGACGCUCAUCAGCUUCAUUGUUAUUUGAUUUAAUAUUCAAACAGUAUACAUGUUUUGUCUAUUUUUUUUUUUUUUUUUUUUUUUAUUGGUUAUGUGGGUGGACGAGCUCACAGCCGACCUGGUGUUAAGUGGUUACUGGAGCCCAUGGACAUCUACAACGUAAAUGCGCCACCCACCUUGAGAUAUAAGUUUUAAUAUCUCAGUAUAGUCACAUUAACUAUAAUUGUAACAUUAACUAUAAAAUAUCAUGUCUUUAUCUUAUAUUUUAUGUUUUGAUGGUUGAUUAUUAAAACUGCAUUACGCUUUCGUCCAUGAGCGUACUGAGUUGUAAAUUACUCGAAACGUCGCUGAUGCAAAAAAAAAAAAAGAUAAAUCGUAGAUUUUUUAUUUUUAUUUUUACUUACCAUAACUAUGUAAGGUGAGUUUGGCGACUCCAUUAUUAAUAUUAUGUACUCCAUAAGUUGUGUGUUAUUUUUUGUGUACUCAAAUAAAAAUAUUUAUGGCGAGGUUGUUGAAAAAUUAGUUGAUGCGUAAUUUAAUUAAUAAUUUAAUCACUUUUUUUUGCCAUAGCAUUUUUUCAUAGAAGUCGUACUUGGUGUAUAAAAAUUAAAUAAAAAUUAAAUAAAAAAAACAAACCCACAAAAACUUAUAAAUAACGUUAUACUUUUUUGUGAUUUUCAAUAUUUAAGUAAGUUAGAGUGUGACAUACAAGUAAAUAUUGUCAGCAUAAUUAAUCAUAAUCUAUCUCGGCUAAACUCUCAAUUCGUGUACAAAUCGAUUUAAUUUAGAUAAUAAAUCUACGCUUCUGAGGCACAACUUAAGCCUCCUUCUUCAAUCAAUCGAUUUAUUUUAAUCGAUUAUCAUUGUCAUAAUUAUGUGUUAAAUGUCUCGUAAACUUUCUUAUCACUAGUAUGGCUUAUUCUUAAAUAACUCAUGCUUAUUUGAAUCCUUAAAAUUUAACUGAAACUAUUACUAGUUUCACUAAAUGUAUAAUAAGCUUUGCGAUUCGUGCUUACGAAAGUACAUUCAAAGAGAAAAAAAAAACUUUUUUUCAAUUAGACUUAUAAGGACAUAAUAUGUAGUGUGUGUGAUCGUAAUGUGAAUUUCUAUUUGUGAUUUGGAAAUGUAGUUAAAUAAAAAACAGCGUAAAGGCAAUAAACUUGUAACACAAAGAGAAACGCUGUACACAUUGUAGUUAUACGUAGAGAUUUAGCUGCAAAAGCCAUUCAUACUAAGUAAUCGAGAGCCAUACGGUUUUGGCUGUUCAAAAUUAUAUCGAUAGAAGCGUAUAGUGCGGUAAAGUAAUUUUUUUCCUAUUUACAAAGCGAAACUUUCGACGUAAUACUUCUUUGAAACAUAAUAAAUGGUUGAUAGUCGCUCAUUGAGUGUGCACAUAGUGGCUAUGAUAACUAGAGUGUACUGUCACUUUUAUUUAUCAUAAUAACGAGCCACGCCUUUUCAUUUGAUCGUAACUAAAAUAUAAAACAAAUUUCAUAAAAUGCAUUUUAAAAGGACAUGUUAUGUAUUUUGACAUUACAUAAUUGAAAUGCUACUAAAUAUAUUCGAUCUUGAGGAAUUCAUUUAUAAAUGUAGUUAUUACUCUAAAUAACUUUAAUAGUUAAUUAAUUAAUAGUGUGUGAAAUAAAUGCAUGUAUUAACCGAUUUUUAAUAUAUAAGUAUUAUUGAAAAUAGGUGUCAUUAAAUUAGUAAUUUUUAUUUCUAGUAAAAAGAGUGUGAGUGAAAAUAUAAUUCGUAAGCUGGUAUGUGUUAUAGUAAGGCUACAAUAUGUAAUGAUGACAAAUGACAAAAUUAGUGACAGUAAUCGCUGAUCAGUAUUUAUGUAAUUCACGCCACGACAAUCUAUAGAAUAUGUAAUUAGUAUUUUCAAAUUUUAAUACAAGUUUUACACGUAGCAUUUUUUAAUAUAUUACUUGCGAAUACUAUUACUGUGUAACAUGAAGCUACUUUUGUAAUUAAUGUACUAUCGAUAAAAAUAAUCUAAUAAAGUUUAAUAUUUGAUUAAUACUUAUAAAAAAAUUUAUGUAAAGUGGUAUACUUAAAAACAUGUAUUACAGAAAAAAAGUGCCAAAAGUGCUGUCGAUAUUGUAAUUCCAAAUCAAUUCAUGAAGUCUUCCUUUAAACAACGUAAUAUUACAAAUUUACUGUAACGUGAUCCAAAAUAUGUGCCAAAUAAAUAAUAGCAGUACGUACGUUAUGUGAUAUUUAUAAAUACAUCUAGUCUUAAUUCGAAUAGUGAGAUAUAAUUGCGAUAGAAAUCAAUUUUAUACCGCAUUUUCCUAAACAAUACCAAUGCUUUACUUUCAAGCCAUUCCUUAAAAAUAAUCAUUGCUUUGGUUCCACAGAUUACAAAAGUGUAAUGAAAUGAUAAAAAUGUAUGAUAUAAAAGAAAAAUUUAAAGCUUUUAGCUCUAAAAAUGACGAUAAUUCCAUAUAAUUUUUCAUCCCCCCCUUUUAAUUCGUAACAAUCCGCUUAUCGUGUUAAAAAAUAGCCUAUGUCCCUUCGCAGACUCUAGACUAUCUGUGUAUCAAAUUUCAUUUAAAUCGGUUCAGUAGUUUUAGCGUGAAAUCGCGACAGACCGAGUAAGCUACUUUCCCAUUUAUAAUAUUAGUAUGGAUUAUGUGAGCACUAUAGUUUUAGUCCUAUAGUAUAGUAUAGUCGAUUACUUUAGUUCUCAAUCAAUUCCUCCUCCCAAAACAUGCUUCUUUUGAUGCUCUUGUUAGUUUACUGUCUCUCCCCGUCGAUAUGAGUAACUAGCGUGAUGGAGAGCUGUACUCAGAGGUAUAUUUUAAUCUUCAGAUACAUGAUCCGUCCGUCACUUGGGACAUCGCCUCGCCUCUUACCCUCCUUACCCUACCGCUACGGUCAGAUAUCCAAAUCUGUGGAAGGUAAUGUAUACUCCAGAGAGCCUCUGGGAGUACCUGAGCUCAGCUAAGACAGAUAUAUUCGUGCAGCGACUAUGUCUUCUAUACAUAGAAGACGAUGCCAAGCUUAUAUCUCGAAAGCUUCAGCAAAAGUGUCCAGCAACAUUAUUCUAUACAAUCUCGAGCUUAACCACCGAAUAAUCUCUAGUAGCUUUAUGAAUAUUUUAAAAUAGCUCUUACUUGUAACUUGAAUGAUAAUAAUAAUAUAUUAUUAUGUGAUGUAAAACUAAAACUUAAUUCUGAACUAUUAUCCUUAACGUAAAUCACGUUAAGCUAGUAACAGUAUCAAUAGCACAAGGCAUAGAAAAACACACCUGAGUCAAAAUGUACUCUGUUUAUUUAGUAUUAAUUUAUGUGGUCGCAAAAGGUUCACCCCUUUGGUUGUAAUCUCUAUUUUUUUUUAAGUCAGUUUAAGUACAUUAUUUGUGCUUAAAAUUUAUAUUUGUUUUGAGUUUUCUAUAUGAAUUUGUAGGCAAGUAAAUUUGCUUUACUUUUUAAAUUCUAUGCCUCCAUGCAUUAUUAUUUUUUUGGCUUUUUGGUUUAUGGUUUAAGAUGAACUUCUUUUCAUCAUCAUCACAGUCGACUACUGCUGGACACAGACUUCUCCCAAUUUACAUCACUGCGUCCGGUAUUCGACGCUCCAUACCAUUUCCUCCUAUGCAAGUUUUAUAUGAUUAGUGCUAGUUAUUAGUUAUUUAAAAAAAUCACUUAGCUCUAGGUGGACUGUGAAUUCGUAUAUCCAUCUACCUCAAUAAAAUAACUCACUUUUAUAUCUCAUAAAAUUCCGAAUCAAUUUAAAAACAGCAAUGCUACUUUUUUCGGUAUAAAAUUAAGUUAGUCUCCAUUGUACGGAAUUGAAAUUAAAACUAGAAAUUAAUACUCAUAUUAAUUAGAUUUAUACUUAAUCUUUAAUGUACUCUAUUAUGUUGUCUUUAAAUUUAAGGUUCUUUAAAAUACAAUCAGCUCCAAAUAUCACGUUAAGCAAAAACUUUUCAACAGAUAUUUGUUACAUUUUUAAUAAUGCAAUACAUUUUUAAUAAAUCGUCCUUAGCUUUUAAAGAAACAUAGUAGUAUUUUGUACUUUUCCGCAUUUUAAAAAGUUUUACAAGUAAAAUAUUACACAUAUUGUAUAUUCAUUGUUAACAAGGAAUAAUAUCCGUUUGAUAAAAUUUUAAUAUAUUCAUUAUUAGCUGAUAGCUUUUCAAAUAAUAUAUUCUAAACUUUUAAAUUAGCAAUGCUAGAUACCCAUUCGAUAUACCUCAUUACUUAUAAGAGAAUCCUUGCAAUAAUUACUCGUUUUAUAUUGUUAAAAUAAAUAUUUUAUUAUAAGACUUUUCAUGAAUAUUAGAUUGGCUUCAAAUCGGUAACAAUCGCGAAGCAAUUAAUAGCAAAUUAAACAGCAACUUCGGAAUAAUAUGAUGUGUUGUGACCCUAAGAAGCUAUACACCUUUUUUAGUCUUGCAAUAAAAAGCUGGUAAAAUCAUUGAAGGAGUAUUAUACUCGUAACUAUAUUGUAAUUAAAUAUUUAUUGUUAAUUUUCGGUCAUUUUACUUAGAUUAACAAAUAAAUAAAUUGAUUCAAUAAACAGAUACAACAGAGAGUUUAGUCCUUUGUUUUUAUUGUACAUUCUUGAAUUAUUAAAAUAAGGUUUUUAAUAAAAAAAUCAGUAUUGUUUCAUGUAUAGUUUUAAUCUGAUGUUUAAUAAAUAUAUAUUAUAUAAGACCGCAUUACGGGUCUUAAGCUUCAAAAGUUGAAAGUUGUUUCUGUUUUUUGAAUCAUAUUUACUAAACUAAUUUUAUGCAAUUGUAUUCAAGUUAACUAACAUAGAAACAUGAAAGCUAAUUGUUAACCAGAUGCUUCCAAAAACACUGCCAAGCAAUACCAGUUGCAUUUCAUAAUAUCAAGAAAAUAGCAAAUAUUCCUCAUUUGGUGGUUUUACAAUAGACGAAAUAUUAUGUUAGGGUUAUAUAUCUAUAUCAAAUAUUUUAAUAUAUACUCCGGAGGAUUAAACUUAUUUCGUUUUUGCACGUUAUUAGAUGUUUAAAUCAAUAAAUUAAAAUUUAACAGGA